CUCAUGUAAUACUCAUAUUACUUCAUAGCUCGUAAAUUUAUCUUUUAUAUUAGCCACGAUUCAUUUUCAAAUGACUGCUGUUGUGGAACUAUGCUUUGUUUUGCUGCUGUUUCUACUGUUUGUGAGCGCACAGGCUGUGGACCGCAGUAACUUCAAAACAUGCGACCAGAGCUCAUUUUGCAAGCGUCAAAGGGAGCUGAAGCCAGGUCAGUCUCCGUACAGAGCUCUGCUGGACACACUGGAGCUGAGCGACUCCCGACUCACACUGCAGCUCAUCAACGACAACAACAAGGUCCGCUUGUUGCUGGAGCUGUACAGACUGCAAGGGAACAUGACGCGGGUGAAGAUUAACGAACUCAAACCAAUCAAGCCUCGUUAUGAGGUGCCAGAUGUGCUCAUCUCUGAUCCCAUCACUGAAGCGCUGUCUGUGGUAUCUCAAGAUGACAACAGUCUUGUUUUGUCUCUGGGUGGAAAUGAGCAGCGGCUCAUAGUCAGCGCUCAGCCGUUUCGCCUGGACAUCAUCGAGGGCCCUCAGGUGCUUAUGUCCCUCAACUCCAAGGGCCUGCUGGCCUUCGAGCACCUGCGCGUGCGCAAGGACACUAUCUCACAUAAAAUAAGUAGCACAGUUGGUAGCAUGUGGGACUCGAUCAAGAGCGUUUUCUCUAGCAACAGCGAGUCUGAGGAAACCACAGGACAGGAGAAAGAGAAGCAGCAAACCGAUGAGGAUGGACAAAUAAAAGAAGAGGAGGAGAAACCGGGAAUGUGGGAGGAAACAUUCAAAUCUCAUAGUGAUUCAAAGCCCAACGGUCCAUCAUCUAUUAGUUUAGAUUUUUCUCUGCCCGGUGUGGAGCAUGUGUACGGCAUUCCCGAACACGCAGACACACUCAGACUGAAGAGCACAGAUAAUUCAGACCCGUAUCGGCUGUACAACCUGGAUGUCUUUCAGUAUGAGCUGCACAACCCAAUGGCUCUUUACGGGGCCGUUCCUGUCCUCAUAUCUCACAGCACUGAGCGCACCAUGGGCAUCUUCUGGCUCAACGCAGCCGAGACAUGGGUGGAUAUCAGCUCAAACUCUGCAGACAAGGUGUCUAGCGACGCUCCUCAGACGGAUAUCCGCUGGGUUUCUGAGAGCGGGAUUAUUGAUGUCUUUAUCAUGCUUGGACCAAAACCUGCAGAUGUCUUCACUCAGUACGCCUCGCUCACAGGCACGCAGUCUUUUCCUCCUCUGUCGGCGCUGGCGUAUCAUCAGUGCCGCUGGAACUAUAAUGAUCAGGAGGAUGUAAAGGCUGUGGAUCAGGGUUUCGAUGAGCAUGACAUCCCGUAUGACUUCAUCUGGCUGGACAUUGAACAUGCGGAUGGAAAACGCUACUUCACCUGGGACCCCAUCAAAUUCCCCACACCUAAAGACAUGCUGAGGGGGCUGAUGGACAAGAGACGCAAGCUAGUGGCCAUUGUGGAUCCUCACAUUAGGGUGGACAGUGGCUACAGGAUUCACAACGAAAUCCGCUCCAAGAACUUUUAUGUCAAGAACAAAGAUGGAGGAGACUAUGAGGGCUGGUGCUGGCCAGGUAAUUCAGGCUAUCCUGACUUCACUAACCCGGAGAUGAGAGCGUGGUGGGCCAGCAUGUUUUCCUAUGACCAGUAUGAGGGCUCUAUGGAGAAUCAGUACAUCUGGAAUGACAUGAACGAGCCGUCUGUGUUUAAUGGGCCUGAGGUGACCAUGCACAAAGAUGCUGUUCACGGUGUCUGGGAGCACAGAGACGUACACAACCUUUAUGGCCUCUAUGUGCAAAAGGCUACGUCUGAAGGCCUGAUUCAGCGUUCUGGAGGAGUGGAGAGACCGUUUGUUCUGACCAGAGCGUUUUUUGCUGGAUCUCAACGUUACGGUGCGGUGUGGACAGGAGAUAAUGCUGCUGAAUGGGGUCAUCUGAAGAUCUCCAUCCCCAUGUGCUUGAGCCUGGGCUUAGUGGGCAUCUCUUUCUGUGGAGCUGAUGUUGGCGGUUUCUUUAAACAUCCCAGUGCUGAGCUGUUGGUACGAUGGUAUCAGGCUGGAGCUUAUCAGCCAUUUUUCCGUGCACAUGCUCACAUAGACACACCACGCAGGGAGCCCUGGCUGUUCGGCCCAGAAAACACUGCCUUGAUCCGGGAGGCGGUCCGCCAGCGAUAUGCCCUCCUGCCAUACUGGUACCAGCAAUUCUACAAUGCACACAACACUGGACAGCCUGUUAUGAGACCUCUGUGGGUAGAAUAUCCUGGCGAUGUCAUCACUUUCUCAAUUGAGGAUCAAUACUUGAUUGGAAAGGAUUUGCUGGUGCACCCGGUCACCGAUGAGGGCGCCACUGGUGUUACUGCAUAUCUUCCUGGGAAAGGCGAGGUCUGGUAUGACGUACACUCUCUCCAAAAGCAUGAUGGGGAUCAGAGUCUCUACAUUCCUGUCACCAUGAGCUCUAUCCCAGUUUUCCAGCGAGGAGGAUCCAUCAUCUGCAGGAAAGAGCGUGUCAGGAGGUCUUCAUCCUGUAUGGAGAACGAUCCCUACACACUCUAUGUUGCUCUCAAUUCUCAGGGUUUUGCUGAAGGAGAGCUGUACAUCGAUGACUUCCACACUUUCAACUAUCAGAAAUCCAAGCAGUUUAUACACAGACGUCUGUCCUUCUCUAACAACAGCCUGACCUCCAGAAAUCUGGUUCCUGAUGCUCAGUUUUCCACUGAGUCUUGGAUAGAGAGGAUCAUGGUCAUUGGAGGCAGUCGACCAUCCUCAGUUUCUCUAAUCAGUGCAGAUGGUGUGGAGUCAGCUUUAGAGUUUGAGUUUUCCUCUAAUCCUGCAGUGUUGACUGUCCGUAAGCCAUCGGUCAGCGCAGCGGCAGACUGGACUGUUGUUUUGCGGUAAAACACAAUCUUAACAUGCAGCAGGAGGAAAUACCGCACUUAAAGAACACACAAACAGAGAACGGGACCAGAUCUGAUGUAUUUAAGAUGAUGAGAUCAGUAUGAAUUCAGACUAAUCUGGUUGGAUUGAACAAACGAGACCAGAGAAGGAUUUAAAUGAGCAGUUUUAUAAUUGGCUUGAAAGUUAAAACAGAAAUAAUAAUAAUAAUAUAAAGGAUAUUGAUUAGAUUGUUUGAGUUAGGUUUUGUUUUUUGGUUAGAAUAUUGCAUUUUUUUACAUUUCUUUUUUUAAAUUGGUGCUUAUGAGAAAUUAAUAGUAUGGGCAAAAUUAUGAAUAGUUUAAAACUUGUUACAAUUUUUCAAGCCACAAGACAUCUAUGAGGCCACAUUCACUGUAAAACAAAAAUCUGUUGAUUUAACAGUUUUCGUUUGUUGUGGUUUACGGGCGUUUUCAGUUUAUUUUCUGUUAUAAAUUGCAUUAUGGGACGUUGUUCUGCCUUUUAAUGUUGAAAAUUCAACUCAGUAAUUUUAUUGACAUUUUAGUAGUUUGAAAUGAUAAGAAAUUAAAAAUAUAUAGAGAAAUGAGACCUCAGAAUAUAUCAUAAAUAGUACUGGCAGUUUAUUACCACCAUUUUGUAUAGUAAUUUACAACUACAUCACUUCAAACUGUUAAUAAUGCCAAUAAAAGUCAGUGUUUUUAACAUCAAAAUCUGUUGGAGGAAAGAUCAAGGUCUUAUAAUGAAAUUCAAGAGUAUAAAUAAAUGAGGGGGAAACAUUAAAUGUUAUUUACAGAUUUUUUUUUUUUUUUGAGUUUGGGUUUAGUCGAGAAACAAAAGCGUCUACAUUUGAAGAUGUUUUCUUAUUCAGCAAAUCAUGAGCGGAUUAAUACUUGACUCUUAUGAUGAAAUCUGCCUUACUCAUAUUUCACUCCAAAAUCUAAAGCGAGAAGUCAUAUUCAUAAUAUAAUAAACCAAAUAAAUAUUCUGUAGGGCCAUCAAUUGCAUUAUGACUUGAUGUUAAAAAUUCAACUCUCCAUUUGGAAAAAGUGACCUUUUAUUGACAUUUUAGUAGUUUGAAAUGAUAAGAAAUGAAAAAUAUAUAGAGAAAUGAGACCUCAGAAUAUAUCAUAAAAAGUACUGGCAGUUUAUUACCACCAUUUUGUAUGGCAAUUUACAACUCCAAUACUGACUAUCUA